CGCCUGGUCAGCACCAUGGCUUCUCUUUCUCCUCCGGCCACCACCACCACUACCAACAUCUCCUCCCUGCAACCUUCUCCCUUGUUUCACAAAGCUUCUCAAGUCUCCCUAGUUGGAAAGCGAAAUCCUAGAUUUGUGCGUAGAGUAGUAUCGUGUAACGCUACAAAUGGUGACGAAAGGUCAACCUCUAGCUCCAAAAGUGGGGAAUCUCCACUAGGAAAGCUUGAUAGGAGGAAUGUGCUUCUUGGCUUGGGAGGGCUUUAUGGUGUCUCCGGUCUUGGUGCCGCUGAUCCAUUCGCCUUUGCCGCCCCGAUAUCUCCACCGGAUCUAAGCGAGUGUGGGGCUGCAGACUUGCCUGCUGGUGCGAAGCCCACCAAUUGUUGCCCGCCAGUGAGCAGCAAGAUCAUAGAUUUCAAGCUGCCUCCUAAGAAUUCCCCAUUGCGCAUUAGGCCGGCGGCUCACUUGGCCAGCAAAGAGUACAUAGCCAAGUAUAAAAAGGCCAUUGAGCUCAUGAAAGCUCUUCCUGAUGAUGAUCCACGGAGCUUCAUGCAACAGGCCGAUGUUCAUUGCGCCUACUGCAAUGGGGCCUACCACCAAGUUGGGUUUCCCGAUUUAGACCUCCAAGUCCACAAUUCAUGGCUCUUCCUCCCAUUCCACCGUUACUAUCUUUACUUCUACGAGAAAAUCCUGGGAAAGUUGAUUAAUGAUCCCACCUUCGCUUUGCCGUAUUGGAACUGGGAUGCUCCUGCUGGCAUGCAAAUGCCUGCCAUGUUUGCUGACCCUAACUCACCACUCUACGACAAGCUUCGCGACGCCAAACACCAGCCGCCAAAGCUGAUCGAUCUCGACUACAACCUCACCGACAGCAAUGAUACCAAUGAGCAACAAAUUUCCAGCAAUCUCUCCAUUAUGUACCGGCAAAUUGUAUCGAGUGCCAAGACUACUAGUCUUUUCAUGGGAGCCGCUUAUCGUGCCGGCGACGAACCUGACCCCGGCCAGGGUACCCUUGAGAACAUCCCACAUGGUCCAGUCCACAUAUGGACUGGUGACCGCACCCAGCCGAAUAUUGAGGACAUGGGCAACUUCUACUCUGCGGCCAGAGACCCAAUCUUCUUCUCUCACCAUUCUAAUGUGGACCGCAUGUGGACGGUGUGGAAAGGGUUAGGAGGCAAGAGAAAGGACUUCACUGACGCAGAUUGGCUAGACGCUGCGUUCGUCUUCUACGACGAGAAUGCCCAACUUGUUCGCGUGAAGGUCCGCGACUGUCUCGACUAUUCCAAACUCAGGUAUGCCUAUCAGGAGGUUGAUAUUCCAUGGCUGAAAUCCCGUCCAAAGCCCCGUCAAAUAUUGAAGAAGGUCGUCAAUAAAUUGAAGCACAAGUCUGGAGUAGCGAAUGCCGCCGAAAUUCCAAGUAGCAGCAGCAUCGUCUUCCCCGUAAAAUUGGACUCAACGUUGAGAGUUGAUGUUCCAAGGCCAAGGAAAUCAAGGAGUAAGAAGGAGAAGGAGGAUGAAGAAGAAGUGCUGGUGAUCAAAGGAAUAGAGCUAGAAAGGGAUAAGUUCGUGAAGUUUGACAUAUUCAUCAACGACGAAGACGAUCCAGUCAGCAGGCCUGACAACACGGAGUUUGCCGGAAGCUUUGUGAACGUGCCACACCAACACUCCCAUGGGAAAAAGAAGAACACAACCCUCAGGAUAGGGAUUAGUGAAUUGUUGGAGGAUUUGGACGCCGAAGAUGAUGACAGUGUGGUGGUGACUUUGGUCCCUCGUUAUGGGGCCGAUGUUAUCACCAUUGGCGGAAUUGAAAUCGAGCUUGCCUCUUGAUCACCUCACUACUCUUCAUCAGAAUAAUGGCGCCCUGAUUUCCAUCCAGGAUUGCAAUAAUUUCCAGCUCUUUUUGUGUGCGCAUCAAAUCGAAUUUCGUCGACACUUCCUCCAUUUAUGUGAUUGGAAUGUCUGUAAUACCCCAUUUUUGGAUUUGAACUAUGGAUUUCUUUGAUCCACUGGGACAUGAUGUAAUGGGGGAUGAAUAAAUUCUACGUAUGUAUGGAACAUUAGUAUGCUUAAUUCGAUAGCCAUGCUUCUGCACUUUGUGUAUUCA